CAUCAAACAUUUUCAGAUAAUAGUUGAUCGAAACAACGGAUCAUAUAUAAGAAGUCCUAUGGAAACCAAGAAAUAUAGGCCUACUUGCCAUCCACACCAGAAUAAAUAAGAAAAACCUCGUACCGGUAAGGAUAAGAGACAUAGGGUUAAAGAGAGAGCCAAGUAAGCCUAAACAUGAUAGAUUGAUAUAAGCAAAAGACAAAUUAUUAACAAGAGAAAGAAAAAAAAAAGAUUCUGUCAACAUUCUCCAAUUACAUAAUACCUUAACCAUAAAUAUUCAUGUAUCUUUAUUUUUAUAUUAGCAUUAGUAUUGUAUAGAUACCUUCAUGAAGGCCUUCUUCUUUAGUUCCUUGAUCAACCACCAAUAUCAUGGAGCUCUACCACCCUUUUUCUAAUAUCAUCAUCUUCAUAGUUUCCUUUCUAUUCCUCUUGGUACUACUCAAAAUAGUUAAAAGAUGGAGUUAUAACAAUUUCAUGAUCAACUUACUACCACCUGGACCAUGGACACUGCCUCUCAUAGGAAAUAUACAUCAAGUUAUCAGUAGAUCAUUGCCCCAUCAUCGCUUCAAAAUUUUGGCAGAUAAAUAUGGACCCUUAAUGCACCUAAAACUAGGAGAGGUACCAUACCUAAUAGUUACUUCACCAACAAUGGCCAAAGAGAUUAUGAAAACACAUGACCUCAACUUUUGUGAUAGGCCAAACCUUCUUUUGUCCACAAUAUUUACGUAUAAUGCUACUGAUAUUGUUUUCUCUACAUAUGGAGAACAUUGGAGGAAACUACGAAAGAUAUGUGUUGAACAACUAUUAAGUGUAAAGCGUGUCGAAUCAUUUAGGUUUAUAAGAGAAGAAGAAGUGUCAGAUCUUGUUAAAUCAAUAUUUGUAAGUGAAGGGUUGAUUGUUAAUCUCACUCAGAAGAUUAGUUCAUUGACAUAUGGGAUAGUGGCUCGAACGGCUUUUGGGAAAAAGAGCAAACACCAACAAGCGUUCAAAUCAGCAAUAGAACAAGUAUUGAGUUUAUUAGGCGGAAUUUGUAUUUCUGAUUUAUAUCCUUCUAUUAAAAUUCUUCCAAAGAUGAGUAGGGCGAAAACCAAACUUGAAAAACUUCAUAGACAGCUUGAUAUGAUAUUGCAAGACAUCAUUGAUGGUCACAAAAGCAGUCACAGUGAAGUAUGCAAGGAUGAAGAAGAUCUAGUUGAUGCUCUUAUCAAGAUCCAACAAGAAAAUGAUUACUCACAAUCACAAAAUCCCUUGACAGAUGAUAAUAUAAAAUCAAUCAUCCAGGACAUGUUUGCUGCUGGUAGUGAAACUUCGUCAGGGGUUGUGUUAUGGGCGAUAUCUGAAAUGAUAAAGAAUCCAAAGGUGAUGGAAGCAGCACAAGUUGAGGUUAGAAGAGUUUUUGAUAAAAAGGGGUAUGUGGAUGAAACAGAAUUGCACCAAUUGAUAUACUUAAAGAAUGUCAUAAAAGAAACACUCAGGUUGCACCCUAGUGUACCAUUGUUGGUCCCAAGAGAAAGUAGGGAAAAAUGCCAAGUCAAUGGGUAUGAGAUCCCAGCUAAGACAAGGAUUGUAGUCAAUGUUUGGGCAAUUGGAAGAGAUCAAAGGUACUGGGUUGAAGCUGAGAGUUUCAAACCUAGUAGGUUUGUUAAUAAUCCAAUUGAUUUCAAAGGAACAAACUUUGAAUACAUACCAUUUGGUGCUGGAAGAAGGAUUUGUCCGGGCAUUGCAUUUGGUUUACCCAACAUUGAGUUGCCUCUUGCGCAGUUACUUUACCACUUUGAUUGGAAACUUCCCAAUAAAAUGAAGAAUGAAGAUCUGGAUAUGACCGAGUCGUUUGGGAUUACUCUAAGAAGAAAAAACGACCUAUGCUUGAUUCCUUUUACUCGGCGUCCUUAAUAUAAUUGUAUAAUUUUCUUCAACAAUUACUUGCAUGUUAAUUUACUUGUAUGUUCUUUUCACUUACAUUAUACUAUCUCAUAUUAAUUCUUCUACAA